AUGACGGGACCGGUGAUUCAAGAUCCUCUUUUCGAUUUAGUUUUGCGCUUCCGCAAACAUCCCGUCACUCUCGUUGCAGAUAUCGAAAAGAUGUACCUGCAAGUGAAGGUUCAUCCCGACGACACUCCUUUACAGCGUAUCCUGUGGAGAUUCUCGCCAGAAGAGCCGGUUGCGACUUAUGAAAUGAGUAGGGUCACGUUCGGAUUAGCUCCAUCCUCGUUUCUCGCAACGCGGUGUUUGCAUCAGUUGGCAGAAGACGAAGGUGAUCAUCAUCCACGAGCGAAGGUUGCGCUCGUCAACGAUUUCUACGUCGAUGAUUACGAUACGGAUUCAGUGCAGGAGGCCAUAAUGUUACGGCAGGAUUUGGAGCAGCUGAUGCCUAAAGGAGGUUUUAAGCUGCGAAAAUGGGUAUCCAAUGCCAAAAGGGUUUUGGAAGGCCUUUCGGUGGACGAGUUAGGGACUCAGUCUACGCUCAAUUUCGAUCAAGAACAGGUGAAGGCGCUAGGAAUUCAUUGGAAACCAGGAUUGGAUUUGUUGGGUUAUGAUGUUUCCAAUAUCACUGCAAACGGACAGUGGACAAGGCGCAAGGUAUAUUCCAUCAUCGCUCAGCUGUGGGACGCUAGUGGUAUUACAGCUCCAGUCAUCUCUUGGGCCAAGAUACGCAUGCAGCUGUUGUGGGUAGCAGUGCAAGGUUGGGAUGAUCCUCUAUCCCACGAUUUAGCGCUUAGAUGGACCGAGUUCUACCAACAACUACCUGUUCUCUCAGACAUCCAGGUGGAACGACAUGCUUUCACCAAUCAUCCCAUGCUAGUCCAGUUUCAUGUCUUUUCGGAUGCUUCGGAGGCUGCUUAUGGAGCGUUUAUAUAUGCCCGUUUGAUAGACCUAGUUGGACACAUCAAAGUGGAGCUUUUAGCAGCCAAAUCCCGACCAGCCAGUCUGAAGAAAACGACUCUAGCGAGGCUAGAACUUUGCGGCGCUCAUGUGGCCGCAAAACUGUACCGUGCUACCGUUAAAGCUUUGAAGAUGGAGGAUACUGAAACAUGGUUUUGGUCGGAUUCUACCGUUGUCCUGUCAUGGCUCAAGCUACCGCCGUACGUUUGGCCAACUUUCGUUGCAAAUCGCGUCUCGCACAUCCAGGAGCUAUCGAAGGGACACCGAUGGAACCACGUUAAGGGCGUUGAGAAUCCAGCCGACCUCGUCUCAAGAGGAGUGAUGCCAAAGGAUCUCAUCAACAAGCAACACUGGUUUCAUGGUCCGUACUGGUUGUCUCUACUCGAUCAGCACUGGAAUACCGCUAAGCAUUUGGAGUACGAGCCGCCAUCGGAAGAACUGCUGGAGAAGAAGAAAAAUGUUCUAGUUUUGGUGGAGCCUCAACAUCCUCAUCCGCUGCUUGAUCGAUACUCUUGCUACUGGAAACUGCUGCGAAUCACCGGUUACUGUUUGAGAUUCAUCCGAAGGUGUCAAGCACCAGCAUCACCCCCCGUAACCCCGAGCAUUAUCGUUGCGGAACUACAAGAGGCAAAAUACGCAUUAGUACGCUGUGUUCAACAGAAACCUUUUGCUGUGGAGAUCAAGGCUCUCGCCAACCAUCGGCUCGUUCCUGCUCACUCGCCGCUGAAACUUCUUCACCCUUUCCUGGAUCAGCUGGGUAUACUUCGCGUUGGUGGCCGGCUGAAGCUAGCUGGUGAAUCGUAUUGCGUUCGGCACCCCAUGAUUCUACCCAGCAACCACUCUUUUAUCCGACAAGUAGCAAUCGCAUACCACAAAAUGGCACUCCAUUCUGGCCCCCGCAUGACACUCGCUCAAAUUCGCAAGAAUUCUGGCCGUUACGUGCAACCCUGUCAACUUCCAAAACCCCGUACAACACCCUCUCGCCCCUUCGCUGUCACUGGCGUGGACUACUGUGGGCCGGUCUACCUCAAGCCUGUGCAUCGCCGAGCAGCAGCAAAGAAGGCGUAUAUCGCCGUUUUCGUGUGCUUCUGCACGAAGGCGGUCCACCUCGAGCUGGUUGGGGACCUCACAACUUCGGCUUUUCUCGCUGCACUGCGACGAUUUAUUUCACGUCGAGGUCUCCCUUCCGAGAUCCACUCGGACAAUGGGCUAAACUUUAAGGGUGCCAGCAACCAUCUUCGAGAGCUCUAUGAUCUUUUGCGCAAUCCACAUACAGCAUCAGAGAUUUCGAACGAAACUGCGCAACAAGGGAUCGUUUGGAAAUUCAUCCCACCAAGAGCACCCAAUUUCGGCGGCCUUUGGGAAGCUGCCGUUAAAUCUGCCAAGACGUCCCUAAUUCGAGUGUUGGCAAAGCAGAAGCUGUCAUUUGAAGACAUGGCGACAGUUCUCACUCAAAUCGAGGCCGCGAUGAAUUCUCGGCCACUCACACCGCUAUCUGAGGAUCCCGAUGAAAUGGAUGUGCUCACGCCAGGGCACUUCCUAAUCGGCUCUUCCUUACUUACGAUUCCUGACCCAGACUUCACGGAUGUUCCGCCGAAUAGGUUACAACACUACCAAAGCUUGCAGCAGAUAAUUCAGCAACAUUGGAAGCGGUGGAGGCGGGAAUACAUCUCGCAACUCCACAACCAGAAUCAGCGGUUUCCUCAAUCCACUCCGCUAAAGGUGGGUCAAAUGGUUAUCCUCAAGGAAGAUGGUCUAGUUUCUAUAGAAUGGCCUCUGGCUCGUAUCACCGAAGUCACGCACUGA